GUAGUCAGAACCCUCUUUCUGUCAUUUGCAAUAAGACAUAUUAAGCUAGUUACCCUUUUGGCUUUUAGGAACCAUCCUACACCAUACUUCACUUUUCAUCUAUUUAGUUUGAAAAUGGGAAGAGCUCCUUGUUGUGACGAGAAUGGACUCAAGAAGGGUCCAUGGACACCAGAGGAAGACCUUAAACUCACCAACUACAUUCAGAUUCAUGGACCAGGCAAUUGGCGAUCCCUCCCUAAAAAUGCUGGCCUACGAAGGUGUGGCAAGAGUUGCCGCCUUCGAUGGACAAAUUACCUGAGACCCGAUAUAAAGAGAGGAAGAUUCUCCUUAGAAGAAGAAGAUGUUAUCAUUCAGUUGCACAGUAUCUUGGGAAACAAAUGGUCAGCUAUAGCAGCUAGGUUGCCAGGAAGAACUGACAACGAAAUAAAGAACUAUUGGAACACCCACAUUAGGAAGAGGCUACUUCGAAUGGGAAUUGACCCAGUCACACAUACCCCACGCCUUGACCUACUUGACAUGUCCUCUAUUUUAAGGUCAAUGUUGGGUAACCCCUCCCUUUUGAACAUGCAAGGCUUAUUAGGUGCACAAGUUUUGAUGAACCAAGGGUUGUUAAAGCUGGCUUCCACAGCCUCUCUUCUAUCAACAAUUAACAAUGAUGAAAACCCAAAUUUGGCUUCACAGAAUUUUGUACAUAGCCAAGUUGCUACCACCCCACCAUCAUUAGACUCAACUCAGUUUCAAUUUCAAAUGCCAACUAAUCAGACAAACAAUGUGGAAGUGGAAGGAUUCUUGGGCACCGUGACGAACUUGAGCUGUUCAAGUUCUCCUUCGGGUGAUGAUAAGAUUAACCUUGUUUUGCAACAAAAAAACCAAGUUGAUUUGUUAGGGAACCAUGAUGUUUUGGUGCACUCUCUUUACAAUGCAAAAAACCAAAAUAUGGGGUGUGAUUCAGUUAUGCGUACGCCUGUGUCAAGUCCAAACCGGUUGAACUCAUCAUCCAACUAUGUGAAAAGUGGCACGGAGGAAGAGAGGGAGAGCUUUUGCAGUGACUUGUUCGAGUUUGAAAUUCCAGAGAGUUUGGACUUUGCUGAUAUUUUUUGCAAUGUCCCAUAUACACCAAUAAAUUGAUACACAUGUUAGUAUAUUUAUAGUUAUCUGAAGAUGUGGCUAGUGUUUCCCCUUUUAGAUGCAUUGCAUGUAUAUAUAUGUAUCGAGUUUUGUAGUUGAAUUUUGUUGUUGAUACAA